AUUGUUAGACUAUUACAAUUUACAAUAUUAAACAUCACGUAGUUUUUGUGAUUGUUUCGCCAAAGUUAUUGAAACUGAUUCCUUUGUUAUUAACCAGUGUUAUGAGUCAUUUUUAUCUUCCGCUGUAUUACUAUAGGCAAAGCCACCAAUAGUUUUAUGGCUUAAACUUCGAUUUUUUAUCGAGCAGUUUUAAUAAUUAGGAAUGUGUAAGGAUUAUUAAACUAUGUCAUUACCAAUAGACGAAAGCCCUAUAUUAAAUGAGGACAUUGAAAACGAUGUUACUAGCAGUCGUAGAACGUUGGUACAACCAGAUACAGUUGAAGAAACAACAGGAUGGAUCAAAUGUCGAACUGUGCUUGGCAUUAUGGGCUUCUUGGGAUUUGCCAAUGUAUAUGCAAUGAGGGUGAAUCUAUCAGUAGCUAUUGUGGCUAUGAUUAAUUCAACAGUCCCCGUACCAUCCAAUGAAACACUAGAUGUAUGUCCAGCCACACCAGCUUCCAAUGAUUCAACACCAACUAGGCCUGGUGACUUUAACUGGACGGCUGAACAACAAAGUAUAAUUCUAGGUUCCUUUUUCUAUGGAUAUGUUUUAACACAGGUGCCAGGUGGUAGAAUAGCAGAAAUAUUUGGUGGCAAAUUAGUAUAUGGCAUUGGUGUAUUAUUGACAGCCAUAUUUACUAUUUUAAGUCCAAUAGCUGCAUUUAUAGACUUUAAAUUCUUCAUAGUUGUUCGAGUACUAGAAGGUCUCGGGGAAGGUGUCACUUAUCCAGCCAUGCAUGCAAUGCUGGCUCGGUGGAUACCUCCUUUGGAAAGAUCAAAAUUUGCUGCCUAUGUUUAUGCUGGUUCAAACAUAGGUACGGUAAUAUCACUACCAAUAUCUGGCUGGCUCUGCACUCUUCAGUUUGGAGGAGGUUGGCCUCUAUGCUUCUACCUCUUUGGUGGACUUGGCAUUGUAUGGUUUAUAGCUUGGAUGUGUUUGGUCUAUGAUACACCUCAAAGGCAUCCUAGGAUAUGUCCAAAAGAGGUUGAAUAUAUCACAUACUCUAUUGGACCACAGGAAGAAAAAUCAUCUAUGUCAAUACCAUGGUUUAAAUUCCUCACCUGUCUUCCAUUAUGGGCAAUAUUAAUAGCCCAGUGUGGGCAGUCAUGGCUGUUCUAUACUCAGCUAACGGAAUUACCUACAUAUAUGAAUAAUAUUCUGCAUUUUGAUAUUGUCUCCAACGCUCGAUUAUCAGCGCUACCGUACUUAACCGCGUGGAUCGCUGGUAUUGGAAUCAGUAUCUUUGCUGACUGGGUGCUAGCCAAGGGCUGGAUGUCCCGACUUAAUAGUAUGAAGCUGUGGAACACUGUUGCGGCCUUUGUUCCCGCUUUCGGUUUGUUGGGCAUCGCAUGGGCUGGCUGCGACAGGAUUGCUGUCAUGUUGCUGCUGAGUAUAACAUCAGCGUUUGGUGGCGCUGUGUAUGCUGGUAACCAAAUGAACCAUAUAGACUUAUCACCGCAGUUUGCUGGUACUAUGUAUGGUAUUACGAACGCGGCCAGCAAUAUCUGCGGGUUCAUGGCACCAUAUGUGAUUGGACAGAUCAUCAGCUCUGAUCAGCAAACACUGGGUCAGUGGCGCGAAGUGUUCUACUUAGCAGCCGCCAUCGAUCUUGGCGCCAAUCUCUUCUAUUUGUUCUUUGCCAGUACUGAGGAACAGGAUUGGUCCCGGCCUGAUAAUGAUGACAUGACAGCAUCAGCUCCAGUCGAAAGCAUACUAUUCCCCGAAUCUUAGGAAAUACUUGUAUCACACUUGGACACCGCGGUGUGACUGUUGACACUGACAAGUGACAUUGACACUGUCAAAAAUGAUUUGGCUUAAUUAAAAAAAAAAUUUAAACAAUUUGGUGCUAUUGAACCAUGAAAAAGGAAUUUUAAUAGUUAUACAACAAAAAUAUUACUUAUGAAAUUUACCCGAAAAAAAUUAUUAAUUAUGGCACUUAGUAGAAUGAAAUGAAAUAUCUACUUAGUACAAAGUCUUUUCCAUGGUUUUUAUGAUGCCGAUAAUUUUGCAUUAUUAAAAUGUAUUAAAAAAUUUAUUGGUAAUUUAUUAUAAUGCAAUUAUGAGUUAUAUGAAGUUCUUCGCUUUAAAGAUGAAGCUAAAAUGUUAUAUGUAUUUUCUUUGUAGAUUGUUAGUGGUGCCUUUUUAGAGUAAUAACCGACUUCAAAAUGAAAUAAAUUGUUCACAUCGAACAUAGAGUCAUUAUAAAAUAUCAGAUAUAAAAACGAUCUUGUUUAAGUACAUUUAUAAACAGGUAUGUAAUAAACUUUCACUUUACAAUUUAAAAAACAAUGUUAUUUUGUUUGUCGAUAUUAAGAUACUUUUUUUAAAGGAUUAUUUUUAACAAGUUGAACCUGUUUGGCUUGACGCUGACCAAAUUUACAGUUUAGGUGCCGUUUAAGUGGUGCGUAAGCAAAUUUACGAUUAUAUGGUACAUUAUAUAACCGUAUUUAAUUUUUCUUAACUGAUUAUAUUUGUACUUUUAAAACAAAGUAGUUUUUAAAUAUUAAAAAAAUUGGGUUCUUAAAUUAUUACGAUGAAUUAGGAAAUUUUUGAAGUCAGUUAUGAUAUAUGUGUGUAAUUAAAAAUUGAUUCCUUUUUGUAGCUUUAGCUUCUUAUAUAACUUUUAAAUAAGUAUUAAUUAAACGACUGUGAUUAAUGACAAACGUGUCACUUAUAAAAAACUUAUUUUUCUUUGUAAGUAUGUACUAUCAGGGUCAAGGAAGACAUUAUAUAUUUGAAUUGGUAGAAUUUAGGACGCAUUCUAGAAUGUUUCUAUUUUUGUUUGUUUACGUUGAAAGGUAAGAAUAAGAUUUUUUCUUCUAAUUUUGUGGUACCUAUAUGAUAGUCUGUGAAAUACUGGCGUGUGAUUUCUAGACAAAGUACUAAAUUCAUUUUUUAUGUCGACAGUAAUUAAAUUUCGAUAAUCGUCUUGAUUAAUAUGGGAAAAAUUCAAAGUAUUUUUUGUGAAUAAAAGAAAUGUCGCAUAACUGCCACGCCGGUUCUCUUUCCGCAUACUAAUGUUUCUUUAGAAAAAGAACUAAAAAUUCAAUAAAAUUGUGUUUUUCUGUCUCUUGCAAAAAAAUAGUGAAUAGCGAAAAAAAUAAACUACAAAUAUUGGCCCUGGUAGUAUAUAUAUCGAGAAUAAAAUUAGCUACUACCUUUUAAAGUUAUUACAAAAUUUGAAUUUAUUACAUCAUCCGAAGAUUUCAAUUUUAAGUAAUUUAAUAUUUGUAUCUAUAAUUUUUAACUCAAUUUAACAGUUAGACCCGUGUUUUGAAAGCUGAAAGUAAUUUUUAGUCCAAAGUGUAACAGUGACAAUACUAAAAAUAUGAAAUACGGGUCAAUAAAUAAAAUCUUCAUGUGAGCUGUCAAAUAGUGACAGUUCAUUCACAGAUGAUAAUUCUAGAUAUUAGACUUAAUCUAUACUUGGUACAAAUAACAAUUGUAUUUUACAACGGCUGUUGAUUCUAAUUUAUUUUAGCUUUUAAUAAUCCAAACAUGUAACUUAUAAACCAAAGGCAUUGACAUGACACUUAAAACUUCAGAAUACAAGGAUAUGUAUAUUUAAUUUGUGUUAUUCUUAUCAAAGAAAUAUCAAAUUUACUUUUGAUAAAAAUUUAAUACUAUACUGGGUUAAUAAUUGUUUUUCUGAUUACCAAUGAAAAGGGAAGUAUAUUUUCAUAAACUUAUGAAUGUUGACUUAAAACUGCCCCUAUAUUUCGGUCAAAACAUAUCAAAAAAUAAAUACAUAAAUCAAGUAUAUUAUAUCGUAUACUGGAGGAAAAUAUGGUUCAUGCAUUUUCUCUAGUACAAUUCUUUUUACUUCACUAAAGUUUCGUUAAUUAUUUAGUUUAAAUGCGAUCCAUAGGAUCCUUAGCUGAUUUUAACCAUUCCAUUACAAUGAGGUAAUUAUAGAAUACCAAUACUUAUUAAGCAAAAUAUUAAAGUGUUUUUUUUUACGAUUUAAUAAAUGAAUUAAUGCUUUUUAAACGAACUUGACAAGUAUACAUAUCGACUUAUAAUAUAAUUUUUUAAGUCAUUUGAUCAGAUUGGAUUUGAUACUAAAAUUUUAUACAAUGUACACAAAUUAAGUAAUUAAAUCAAUGAAAUGUAUAUGAAAGGUUUUAGUACUUUACUAUAGUGAUUUAGAUAGGAAACUUCUGUUUCCCAGUUUUGCGUCUCAGUUGGUAUGAAUACUUGAUUGAACAAGGGCUAUGUUUGAGAGCCUUUCUACCAAUGCCUUUACUAUUUAAUUUUGCUGCAAAAUCUAUUAAUUUACGAUGCUUGCUUAUUAUGUUAUCUUUGCCUACGUUGGCGUUAGGUAUAAUAUGUUGCCUAAUUCAUACACUUUCCCUACGUAUUUCUACAAUUAAUUAGUUCUGACAAACUCUGAAAAAUAAUUAUGUAACAACUUUUCGAUCUCAUCGUCGGAAUUGUAUUAAUAUAUUUUACAAAAGAACUAAUAAGCCUCGCCCUGACAGAUAUAAUAUGCCUAGAGAGCCCGUACUUAAUGUACUUAACGCGGCCAUUACUCUGUAACUCCCAAUAGUGAUCGCCAUUCCGAAACGCGAAGUUUUUGUAGGCUAUUUGACAGUCAGAAAAAAUAAAUAAAAAAUCCAUAAAUUACAAUGACACAAAAUGUCCAGGAAUCGACGAUGCCCUAGCGUGUUUGAAAAUGGUUCGCUUAUUGUAUUUUCAAAAAAUGUUUAACAAUAUCAAAAUUGACAUUUUGUAUAGGUUCUACAAUAAUCAAUAACCUGAAAUGUUUUUUUAAAUCUUGUCAAAUAGCCUAUGUUAGUACUCUCAACAUCCAUAGUACUUUGGAGUGGCAAGGUACACUAGUUUAAAGAAAACCGGAACGCAUCAUUAAGAGUUUCAAAGAACCAAUGAAAUCUGUGCUUUAGCUAAUUAUCUUUCAUAUAUACCAUUUUGUACCCUCUCAUUUAUAGCAUAAGUAAAUAGUAAUAAUUGUUAACGGUAUUUGUUUUGAUUCAUAAAUUAAUUGAAUCUCAGCUUUUAUUUAAACAUUUGAUGAAUUUGUAAUAUUUUAACCGUAAGUGUAAAAAUUCCAAGUGUAUAUGAUUUUAUACAUGUAUUUUUGUAGACGAGUCGCAAAUAAAUUUUGAUAAUA